UUUGUGCUAGCCUGUUGCACUCAUCAGAACAUCAGAUUCAACAUUGGUCAUGCUCAGAGGACAAGUGCCAGGUCUCCUACUACAAACCAUUUCAUGCAUUCUGCAUCUCACCAUACUGGUGUUCCAUGGGAAAUCCCUUUAGUGUGACACCGUGUGUUUUAGGGAAGGUAGCAAGAGGUGCUGAGUUCUUUCCAGGUUGCCGUGUGUUAGCAAGAAGAGAGGUAGAUGGAUUCUACUACUUGGGGAUAAUUGUACACCAGCUACAGGACAGGGGAGGACUCUUUAUGGUGACAUUUGUUCAGUGUUUGCCCAAAGAUGACACCAUGAUGGAAAUCAUAUCACCUCAGUUAACAUGUCAACCUGACAUGGUGAAUAUAACACAGGCACAUAAGCACAGUAUAGUACCAGGAGACACAGUAUUAGCUCCUUGGGAAUUUCAGAUGAGCAGAUAUGGUCCUGGAAGAGUUGUUUCAGGCAUGGAAGUAAGAGAUUCAGUGAAGGGUGGAAUGGGAGAUGGUCUAGUGGUGCUGUUUUGGAAUGGAAUCAGACUGCACGUUCCAAAAGACCUGGCUGUUUGGAUACCUGCUUCUUACCAUGAGCAAAUAAUCAGGGAACUGCAGCCUAAUGUGCUCAGACCAGGUUGCUUAAACAACAGCCACUGUAGUCACAUUAACUGGUCACCAGCCUGCUGCAUAAAUCACAUAAAUCACUGUCUUCCAACAACUCCCUCAAUGUGCCUUUGCCCAAUCAAGAACUGUCCCCUCUCUAAUCAAAGCCUUCUUAUGGACAAUCAAUGGAAGGCACAUGAGAUUAAUCCUGACCAAGUAAAUGAGCUGACAGCUUCUCAGGAGAUGAAGACUGAUUUGUCUUCUUCAGACUCAAGCGAAAACGAGGAAGAAGUUACAAAUGAAAAGUUAAAUUCCACACCAGAACUGGUGAGCUGCUCAGUGAACACGGAGAUCUCAUACCUGAAUAAGUCCCAUACUGAGCCACAGAGUAGACCAGCCUAGAGGUACUGGAGAAGAGGUUCCCCAGAGCCACACCACAAAAAACCAGGUAACUGUCUGCCUGAUCACAGGCUAUCUCUGGUUUCAGAGAUCCAAAGAUCCAUAAGUCCAUAAGAACAACACACACAUCCAAAUCAUUUCUGCUAAGGUCACUGUCUUUCAAUGUUAAAAUUGUUUCCAUGUUGUUUGUAUGCAAUUAUAUAUUUAAAUACAUUUAAUUAUGUUUUUUUUCUGUUUCUUAGGGCAAGUAACUAAGCCUCCAAAUCCAGGUUAUUCUUGCCUUGGAAUAAACAGUGAUUCUGGAUAUUCCUCAUCCAGUUUUGCAUCCACAAAUCACAGUUCAUUAUUUGAAAUGGUUCCACAUUCAGUAAGAAGAGGUAUAACAGUAAGAGAGGUAUUUGGCUGGACUGUACAAAAACCACUUUCUGAAGCACCAUCUCCAUUGGCUUUGCAGUAAAGAAAAUUUCGGCUGAACCAAGAUCAUAAAGCUCCUUAAAUAGCUCAAUAACCUCAAAAAACAUUUGAUAUGACAUUUGCACAAGCUGCAAAUGAGAUUUACUAGGGAUGUAACUCUUGAUUAUAGUUUUUGAAUAUUCUUUAAAUGAUAACAUGACAAAAGAUAUCAAACAACAAUAAAAUUAUAUCAAAUUUCUAAUUUUA